AUGUGUGCGAGCAUAUUUAAAAGCUUUUGUCCGCGAUAUUCUAAUUAUUUAAUAGUGGGAGAGUGUGCAAGAUGUCUCUCUACGAGAAAAUAUACAUCGGUUAAUGUAGGAGACAAAGCUUCGUUGACAAAAACUUUCACAAAAGACGACGUACAUUCUUUCGCAAAAUUAAGUUUGGACAACAACCCAUUGCAUACCGAUCCCGACUUUGCUGAAAAGACCAAGUUUGGAAAAUGUAUCGUACACGGUGUCCUUAUUAACGGAUUGAUCUCAGCGGUGUGCUCUACGAAACUUCCGGGCCCAGGGGCCGUGUACUUAUCACAGGAAAUGAAAUUCGUCGCUCCAGCAUUUGUUGGGGAAUCUGUGACGGCGGAAGUAGAGGUAUUUGAGGUCCGGAAGUCAAUCAUGAAGUGCUACACUACUGCCUUCCGGACUGAGAAUAAACAGGUCCUGAUGCAGGGUGUAGCCAAAAUAAUGUUACUUCAUACCAAGUAGAUCUUGCAAACUCGGGGCUGUUGUAAGGAUCGUUUAUGAACGAGAUUUCUGUUUGCGACUGGUUAUUUGUAUGUUUUUAAUGAUAAUGAGCUUUCUUUAUUUACAUGAAUAAUCUUACUCUCUUUAUUUGCAUAUAUUUGCUAAAAUUUCGAAAGAGGAAUUCCAUUUUGUAUGACAUUAAAUUUAGUGAGAAACAAA